AUGUGUGAAAAAGUGAUAGAGAUAAACUUUGGUGAUUCAAUAAGCAAUAUAUCUUGUGAUAAAGAUGGUUUGUCCCUUAAGGCAUCAUCAUUAAAGUGUCCUCCACCAUUUUUGUUGAAAACUUAUGAAUUAUUGGAAGAAGGUAGUGCAGUUGAAGAUGGAAUGAAAAUAGUGUCAUGGAAUGAAGAUGGAGAUGGUUUUAUUGUUUGGUCUCCAGCUGAAUUCUCAGAGCUUAUCUUGCCUAGAUAUUUCAAACACAACAAUUUCUCUAGCUUUAUUCGACAAUUGAAUACUUAUGGGUUUAGGAAAAUAUCAUCAAAAAGAUGGGAAUUUCAGCAUGAUAAAUUUCAAAAGGGUAGCAAGGAUAUGUUGGUUGAAAUCAGUAGAAAAAAGUGUGAGCCAAGUGUGUUUCCUUCAUACCUCAAAUCUUGUUCAGAGGAAAAAUCAAUGACUAAUAAUAAUUCAUCAGUAGAAGAAAAUGGUGAUAAUCAUGAACUGCUUAUGGAGGAGAAUAAGAAGCUAAAAAAGGAGAGAUUGGAGUUGCAAAUGCAAAUAGCUGAAUGUAAGGCACUUGAAAUGAAGUUGUUGGAGUGUCUCUCACAAUGUAUGGAUAGCCAACAAAAUAAAGUUAGGAGGUUAUGUUAA